AAAGAGGUUUAUUUAUAGGGAUGAGAUUUGCGUUUGCAACAUUUUAUCGGUUGUUGAGAAACUUUAUUUAAGCAGUUUAGUGGGACAGAGCAGCAAAGCGUGUGAAGCGGAGGGUAAGGAAAGUGACUAAAGCUGUCCUGGAUGGUGGGCUGAGCCAAGGCUGCACGCCAAUCAAGCUCAAGGCAGGUAGAGAUAGAGAGCGAGAGAGAGAGAGAGGAAGGCACUCACAGGGAGAGGGAGAGGAGGAGCGCGAGAUUAGGACGGCGCAUGGCAGCGCUGAAAAGAGGGAUAAAGCCUGCGCGAGCGUCGCAGUUUACUCACAUCUCACGAGAGGGUUAACGCCACAGUUAAAGGAAAACAAAAAUAAAAAAAACUACGGUACUUCCAGCGCGAACUUCCCGGAAUUACCUGAGUGAGAAAAAAUGAAAAUUUUCCUGCUGCGUGGGAUAAAUCGAUCCAAUUUGUGACGGGGUAACUUAUUCUUGACGCGACUGGGAAACCCCAAAAAAGUCAGAGGUUCAGCUGCAAAAAAUUUUAUUCCAAGCAUGGAUAAGGCUCAUCUUUCAAGCCCCAAUGAAAUAAUAAUGACAAACUCAACAGGCUCUUAUCAACAGGAGCCUCUCACUCCACCCAGGCCUGCCCAUCUGCACUCCUCAUCCUCUUCAUUAUCCUCCCCUUCCCCUUCAUCCUCCUCUCCCCUCAAACCCAACCAGGUGGGUCAGGUCAUCUUGUACGGCGUUCCUAUUGUGUCACUCGUCAUUGACAACAAUGAGAGACUUUGUCUGGCGCAGAUCUCAAACACUCUUUUGAAGAACUACAGUUACAACGAGAUUCAUAACCGCCGAGUGGCCCUCGGGAUCACCUGUGUCCAGUGCACUCCAGUUCAGCUGGAGAUCCUCCGCAGGGCCGGUGCCAUGCCCAUCUCGUCACGCCGGUGCGGCAUGAUCACCAAGCGUGAAGCCGAGCGCCUGUGCAAGUCCUUCCUGGGAGAAAACUCGCCCCCUAAACUGCCUGACAACUUUGCCUUCGACGUGACACACGAGUGCGCCUGGGGUUGCCGGGGUAACUUCAUACCAGCGCGCUACAACAGCUCCAGGGCCAAAUGCAUCAAGUGCUCCUUUUGCAACAUGUAUUUUUCUCCAAACAAGUUCAUUUUCCAUUCUCACCGCACACCAGACGCCAAGUACACCCAGCCUGAUGCUGCCAACUUCAACUCCUGGCGCAGGCACCUCAGACUGACAGACAAACUUCCACCGGAUGAGUUGGUUUACGCAUGGGAAGACGUCAAAGCCAUGUUCAAUGGAGGUAGCCGAAAGAGAGCGCUACCAUCAUCUGUCCAGUGCGCUUCCAUGGGUCCCAUGAAGAGUCUCCCAGGUUCAGUGGUGCCUCAUAUGAUAGGACCUGACUUGGGUGCACAGAAAAGAGCCCGCUUUGAGGAUGAGGAUGAUCUGGACGGAGGCAGCCUCUCUCCUCGUAAAACACCACGCAACUACCCUGUCAUCCCUGUCCCAAGCAAAGGCUUCAGCAUGCUGCAGAAGUUCCCCCCUACGUCACUCUUCCCAUCCCCUUACCCCUUCCCUGCGUUUGGCCUCUGCCAGCAGAAAAAGGAGGACAGUGACGUUUCAACUGUUCAGAAAGGGCCAGGGCUUUCGGGUCUUUUAUGGCCUGGCCGCAAAGACGCUUUCUAUCCUCCUUUCUGUAUGUUUUGGCCCCCGAGAGCAGCUGGGGGGAUUCCAGUCCCUACCUACCUUCAGCCUCAGCCCAGCACCCUUUCCACCCUGACUGAAAACCCAUCUCUCAGGCAGGCCUUUUUGGAUCUGUCAGACCCUAGUGAUGCUGGAGCUGUAAGCAGCAAUGGGAAUGCUGUCAGUGCAGCUAUGGCCCCCAGCAAUGGGACCACCACACCAAGAUCCGGGUUGUUUGACACCGAGUGCACGACAGCAACCCCAGACCUUCGCCCUGUGACGUCGGAGGGAUGGCUGAAACUUCUAGAAAACCCAGCUCUCCAAACAAGGAAGCCCAGCUAUGGCUCUGCCUUUCGCCCAGUUGUCAAGGAUGCAGAGAGCAUCGCCAAGCUCCACGGCAACAGCGGAGGAGUCAACGGAGCUACAGAUGAGGACUUUGGAGUCGUGGUUCCCGGAUCGGACCGACACCAGCGGCUGUCGCCCACCAGCAGCUGCAGCUAUGGCAGUGAAAGCGGAGGUGACGGGGAAGCAGAGGGAGCAGAGAGUGAGGAAGAGGGUGAAGUGGAUGUGGAGUCUUCGAAGCAGGAGGACGAGGAGGAGGAGGGGAGUUUCACAAAUAGACCGCCACAGACUCAGACCAACCUGUAUCUGCCUGUUCUGAGUGACAGUGCUGGAGAGGAACGGGGGAAGGACAGGGGGAGUGGUGCAAUGUAUCCCAGCACCUCCCCGGGAUCCUCCUCGAAUCCCAUCGUACAGGAGUCGCCCAGCCUACCUGCCUCUCCACACGCCAGCUUGCCUCUCUCCAGCUCCACCCCGCCCCACCGAGAGGACACAGCUUACAAAAACGCUCAGAAAAAUCGAGAUGAAGGACUGCCUGCAUAUGCAACCAAAGACAAUUCAAGCAAUUCUGAUGAAAACAAAGAGCAGAGAAGUUUCUUUGUGCCUGAGAGUGAAACCUCAGCACCUGACUACUGGAGAGAGUGCACAGGGGAUCAGAGCAGAGGCGCAACCUCUCCUGUCACACUAAAGAAGGAUGUUGAGAAUAUGGAGAAAGAAGAACUUCAGAAAGUUCUCCUGGAGCAGAUUGACUUCAGGAGGAGACUGGAGCAGGAGUUUCAUGCCCUAAAAGGAACUUCCCCAUUUCCUGUCUUCCAUAAUUUUCAAGAUCAGAUGAAACGAGAGCUCGCCUACAGAGAAGAAAUGGUCCAACAGUUACAGAUGAUUCCCUACACCAACAUCAUCAGAAAAGAAAAGAUCAGCCCUCAUCUUGGCAAAUAGCUGAAAAGGGUGAAUCAUUUCGCUCAACAGGACGGAGCUGCUUGGACUUGUGAAAGUCGCAUAAUUUUUUUCAUAAAAGGCACAUACUGUACUGACAUAAAAGGAGGUAUACUGUAAAUGAACAAAACACCAACAUUAAGGAAUUCCAAUGCAAUUAUAUAUAUAUAUAUAUUUACACAUUUCUUGGAUUUCCAAGGACAGCAACUGUUUGACUCAUUCCUUCAAUUCUUCUGAACUCAUUUGGAUGACUUCAUGCUGCUUUUGUACCAGCAUGUUGGU